UCUGACACAUCAUAAAAUAUAACAUUAAUUUAAUUUAAAGAAAAUAUGAAUGUAACAUAGUUUAAUUUGUCCUUAUAGAAUGGUUGAAUAUUAGUGUUUUUUUUUACACUGACGGUAUAUAUUUAUUGAAUUUUUUUACAAGAUUGGAAACGAAAAAAGUGAUACAACAAAAGAAAACGGUCACUUAAAUAUAAAAAAGGUCACUUAAAUAUAAAAAAGAAUCCCAACUAUAAUAGCUCCCAACUAUAAUAGCUCAAGUGCAGGGGCGGACCCAUUCACAGGCUAGGUGUGGCUUUAGCCACACCGAUUUUUAUUUUAUUUUAUUUUUAAAUUUUAUAUGGUUGAAAAAUAAAGAAAAACAUUGUGUUUACUGAUUGUUCUCUCACCACGACUCACGCACGCACGCUCCUUCUCUGUUCUCGCACUCUCCUCUCUGUUCUCGCACGCUCCUCUCUGUUCUCUCCUCAGUGACUCACGCACGCGUCCCCCUCCGCCUCUCUCUGUCGACUCACGGCGCACGGCGUCCCUCUCUGUUCUCGUGCCUCUCGCCCUCUCCUCUCCUGCUCUCUAUCGAACUGACGAAGCUCCUGCCUCAGUGCUCACUGCUCAGUGCCUCUCCCUCUCAACUGAUCGAAGCUCUCACUCUCAGUCACUCAAAGUCAAAAGGAUGAAGAAAUUUUUUGAAAAUCCAUCUGCUUAUUAUGUGCAUUGUUUUGCCCAUCAACUUCAAUUGGCACUUGUUGCAUGUGCUAAGACUCACAAAGAUGUUAGUGGAUUUUUCGGGAAGGUCAAUAUGCUUGUUACUUUCAUACGGUCUUCUAACAAGAGACAAGAAUUGCUUCGGGACAAACAAGUAUCUCAAUUUGCUAAAUUGGUUGAAGAGGGUGAGAUAGAGACUGGUAGUGGAUUAAAUCAAGAAUCAUCUAUUGCUAAAGCGGGUCACACUCGUUGGGGUUCCCACUUUAGGACUCUCACUAGAUUGAUGACUUUAUAUGGUGCCAUUAUUGAGGUACUUGAAGAAGUCGGGAAAGAUCCGUCAUUUGAAAAACAUGGUGAAACAGUGCUUUUGCUAGAAGUGCUUCAGUCCUUUGAUUUUAUUUUUAUGUUAUACAUGAUGGUUGAGAUUUUAGGAUUUACAAAUGAUUUAAGUGAAGCACUACAAAAGCGUGAUAAAGAUCUUUUGAAUGCUUUAUCACUUGUCCAAGCCACCAAAGAAGAAUUGCAAGAAAUGAGGAAUGAUGGAUGGGAAGAACUUAUAUCUAAGGUUAUGGAAAUUUACAAUAAGCAUGAUAUUGAUGUGCCUGAUUUGGAUGCGCAAGGGAAGAAACCUAGACGACAUGUUAUCACUUCUAGUGUUUCUAAUUUGCAUCAUUAUAAGCAUGAUUGUUUAUUUACUGUUUUAGAUUUGAAGUUGCAUGAGCUCAAUGCUAGGUUUGAUGAAGAGAAUACUGAACUUUUACAAUGUGUUUCAUGUUUGAAUCCCUCAUCAUCAUUUGAAGCUUUUGAUGUGAAAAAAUUAUUGAGGAUGGUUAAACUUUAUCCAAAUGAUUUUGUUGAUGUGCCGGAAGUGGUAGUGCGACAUCAACUUCAGAAUUAUGUUAGAAAUGUUCGAUGUGAUCCAAAAUUUGCAAAGUUAAAAGGACUUUCAGAUCUUUGUGCAAAACUUGUGGAAACAAAAAAGUGCAACACAUUUGAUAUAGUUUAUAAGCUUCUGAAGUUGGCUUUAGUCUUGCCGGUAGCUACUGCAAGCUUCGAACGUGUGUUUUCAGCUAUGAAGUUUGUGAAGAGUCAGUUAUGUAACAAAAUGGGUGAUCAAUGGUUAAAUGAUCGUCUUGUAACUUUUAUAGAAAGAGAUGUUCUUGGAACAAUUGACAAUGAUGUUAUUUUAGCACAUUUUCAAAUAAUGGAUAGUAGACGAUUUUCAUUGUAAACUCUUGGACUAUAAUGUAAACUCUUCUAUUUCCAUGAGAAACUUUCU